CGCAUUAGACUGAAUUUCUAGUCUCUUGUGUCUCUUCUUAUCGCCUCGCUUCAUCUUCAAUCUUUGUCACUUCUUGUGGUAUUAUUAUAAUCAUGAAUGCUCGAUUGAUAGUUUUUCCAAUCAAAGGAAGGAACUGGUGUUUUGGAAGAUCAGUUAAUCCUUCAGCUAUUACUAUUGGGUCGGAAUCCCCUUCUGCUAAAGCUUCUCCCACUUUGAGAGAUCUUUGGAAGAAAAUAUCCUCUAAUGGGAAACCAAUGGAUGAGAAUGCCGAACUCGUUGUCGACUUCAUCUCUGAUAAGAUGAAUCGAGCUUGGAUUGGUUUGGAGAGCGCUCCUGUCGGAAGUUUAAAAAAUAAGAUACAUGGUUUGGGACUGCGUCUUUUGUCUGGUGUUAAACCUUCUGAGUAUUUGUUGAAAUCCAUUUCUAAGGAUGUUACGAAGAUUGAAAUUACCUAUCCGAAAAGCUUAAAUCCACGUCUGGUACGCCGAAGGUUAAGACAUAUUGCUAUGAGGGGAACUAUAAUUAACAGGAAAUACUUCUAUGGUUCUAUUACAUUGCUUCCUUUCACCACUGCUUUCACUGUUCUGCCAUUACCUAACAUCCCAUUCUUUUGGGUCUUAUUCCGCACAUAUUCUAACUGGAGAGCUCUCAAGGGUAGUGAAAGGCUUCUUCUACUAGUCUCGGACGGCUCAGCAACAGGGAAUCCAGCCCUGACAAAUGACAGUACGAAGGAAACCUCCGAUGAUGAUUCUGACUGCGGAACCCCUAGUUUGCUCAGUCCAUCAUGGGUUUUGCACCCCUCUGAGGAGCUCGACAAGCUUAUUCGUGGCCAAGAUCCUAAGGAUGGUCUCAGUAAGUGUGUCAUUUCUGAUAUUUGCAAGACAUAUGAUUUAGAUAUUAAUGAAGUUCUAAAGUACCGGAAUUCAGUGUAGCUAAUUAUUUCAGACUUUUCUUUGCUAUUGGAGACAUUUAACAGUUCAGGUUUCCAAUGAAAGAACAGUGUAUUUAUUUCUUUUUCAUUGAAAACGUUGGGUAGCUUAAUUGUGUGACAAACCCUCAAAAGGGGAAAGAAAUGCAGCCUGAGUUGUAGUUAGGUAACUUUUGAUUGAAAUUGCAAAUGGGAAAUCUGCAGUAAUCACAAA